GGCAAAGACCACCUGGUGGGCAACAGUGGUGUUAGCAACGACGAGGACGACAACGGAGGAGCGAGCAAGACUGGCACGAAGGGUGGAGAGGUGCGUGAAACCUACGACUUCGCGGGGCGACGCCAACAGGUCACCGGACCCGAGAUCCAGGCUUCGAGGAAGCUCGAAGAGUACACUGUGUCAGCUGGCUCUGGCCACAUUAUGACCGACCGGAAUCUCUGGUACCAGGUGAUUGUCUUCACCUCAGUGGCAGUUUGUCUAACAGUGGUCGCAUUUGCAGCCUGCUUGGCAGCCAGCUGCUACGUCUUUCGUUUCAAGGCUAAAGCUCAAUUGUUGCGCAGCCAACAGCACAAUGCUUCUAUUGGAGAACUGCAAUUUGUGGACUCUGGAAACAUGCCAGUCUACCUGAAGAGGUGUUCCUCUAUGGAUUGCGCAGGUAAUCAUGGCCCGCAUCAGAAUCCUUCGGUUCACAGUUUUGCCGCCGUUAACAGACCCCUGGUGCAGGGCUCUCCGACCCUCUGCCUGGAAGAUGACCCCGAAAUGAUCUUUUCCAACACCCAAAGUCGGUCCCCCCCGCUGAUGAACGGUCAGACCCUUCCACCCGCCGCCGCCUCCAGC